UCAAAUUCUCUGUUCUGUCUUCGACACAAGAUUACAACCUUCUUGCAUCACCCAUUUUCGGAAAAGAAAAAAAAAAGAGAUUACAACCUCGACAAUCUCUGAGAGUUUCAAUUCCGCCACCUAAAAACCCUUGAAAUUGUUAUCGAUUCCGACUCUCUCAAUUUGCAAAGUACCAUUUAGAUCGGUAAAGUAACUAGCAAAUUAAAAGAGGGAACUUCCCCUGCUUUCCUUCACAGACCUGAUCUUUCCUCCUCGUCUUCAAAAUUUCAGCUUACAAUAUUUUCUAGUAGUGUCGACUCUGCUGGCCCUUCAAAUUGUGACUGAUUUUUACUUUCUCAAAAUAGUGGUGAGUUUGAACUACGAUGCAAUCUCAAAUGUUUUUCACUGGUGAGUCGAUCACUCGGAAGCGAGUGAGUUUGAGAGGAAGGAGCCCCAAGGAGAUGGAUAGAGAUGCACUUAUUAAGAACGCGCAGUUGGAGCGCGGUCACCGCCUCAAGUCGCGAAAGAAGUCUGCUGCAGCUCUCACAAUUCAGGGCGUGGCGGCUCCCUUAGGUUCCCUCAUCUGGGAUACCUGGGGAAGAGGAUCAAGGUGGCACUUUCCCCUUGAACAAGGGAUGAGAUGGAUACCAUCUUGGAAAAGACUCCCUACAUAUAGUUCCUUGAACACUUUAUAUCAGAUCUUUCCUGAGAAGGCUAAGGAUCGGAGAUUCAAGUCUCCCUUCUUAGUCCAGACUCUUGAAUUAUCUGCGUUCGGUUAUCUACAGAAAUGCUUCAGAGCAAGACGGGCAGUGAAAGCUGCACAUUCUUUAGUACGUGAGCAGUUCUAUGGAAACUAUGCCAGACACUGCAAAAAUGUGGACAGGCACUGCUUUGGCCCAGAUUCAGGGUUCUUCCGCCAGCUAUGUUUCUUUUUCAAUGCAAAAGAUGUUGAUGACUUUUCAGUCCUCGUUGAGACAUGCCGAUUACUUCAGCAUUUCGUUCAAGAUAGUGGUACUUUUCAUCAGUACUUACAAAAAGAGUUGUCUAAUGAAUAGCUAAUUGAAUGUUGAGUAAUAUGAUGUACUUCUGCAACCAAUCAUAUUUGGUAACUUUUAACAAUAUAAGGAUAUUUUUAAAUUGGUCCUGUUCAACAUGGAAGCACAAUUACUGGGAAAGAUUUCUUGUUCUCUUAUGCCGUUGGAUUCGUGUCUUUAAUUUGUUUGGGAAUGAUUAGUUUAUUUUAUGAAGUGUCUUUCGUGGUGAAUGCUUCUACAAAUCUCAAAUCUGAUGUUACCUUCCUAUCCAUCUAUGAUCUAGUAGCUUUUUUCCCCUUUUUUGUUUUUUUGCUCAGUUCCUUUUCCUCUUGGCUUAAAAUUUGGUUUGUGUAUGACAAUAACUAAACAAACAACAGGAAAUGUU